AUGUCAGGAAAGAGCCAUGGCGGCAAAGGCAAAGCUGGUGGUGGUGGAACUGAAAACGGUUUAAAAUUCCAAUCAUCAAGUGCAAAAGCUGGACUACAGUUUCCUGUUGGUAGAAUCAAACGAUUUUUAAAAAAGAAAGCACAAAAUAAAACAAGAGUUGGAGCCAAAGCUGCAAUAUAUUUAACUGCUGUACUAGAAUAUUUGGCCGCAGAAGUCCUUGAAUUGGCUGGAAACGCAGCAAAGGAUUUGAAAGUCAAAAGAAUUACUCCAAGACACUUACAACUAGCUAUAAGGGGUGAUGAAGAAUUGGAUAAUUUGAUCAAAGCAACUAUAGCAUAUGGUGGGGUUUUGCCUCAUAUCAAUCCUGCCUUACUAUUAAAAGUUGAAAAGAAAAAACAAUCAAAUUUAAAAUAA